AUGGAUUCUCCAACUGAUCUUCGCCUCAAAGCUUAUCGUCUUAUUGCCUAUUCGGCAGUCGGGUUCUCAGUGACUGCUGCAGUUGGCUUGUGCUUGACUCUUCCACUGAUCUUCACCUAUGUUGAGAACACAAAGACUCUUUUACAUCGCGAGUCUUUGUAUUGCAAGAACUCGGUGCAAGACAUGUGGUCGCAGAUGAACAACGAUGUUGCUGUGAACAGAACAGUGAGACAGGCUGGAUAUUCAUCUGGAGGUGGAGCUGACGCUGGAGCAGCUGCUGGAGGAGGUGGCGGAUGCUCCGGAUGCUGCAACCCUGGACCACCAGGAGUUGGAGGAGCCCCAGGAAAGCCUGGUAAACCAGGAAAACCAGGAGCACCAGGAGCUCCAGGAGCACCAGGAAAGGGAGCCUCCGCACCAUGCGAAGCCAAGACACCACCACCAUGCCAACCAUGCCCAGCCGGACCACCUGGACCACCAGGACCAGACGGACCAGCCGGAGAAGCCGGACCAGCAGGAGAGGCCGGAGCACCAGCAGUCCCAUCACCACCAGGACCUCCAGGACCACCAGGACCACCAGGAAACCCAGGAGUCGAUGGAGGAGCCGGAACACCAGGACCAGACGGAGCAGCUGGAGAGAGCACCUAUCCAGAGCCAGCUGGACCAGGACCAGCCGGACCACCAGGACCACCAGGACCACCAGGACCAGACGGAGCAAGCCCAACUGCCGCACCAGGAGAGGCCGGACCAAGGGACCACCAGGACCCAUCGGAGCUCCGGAGCCCGAUGGAACCCAUGACCACCAGACCACCUGGAAAGGCCGGAAGCGAAGGAGAGAAGGGAAUCUGCCCCAAGUACUGCGCCAUCGACGGAGGAAUCUUCUUCGAGGACGGAACUCGGCGCUAA